AUGUUUUCCAAGCAGCUCACAGCUUUAGUACUCGUUUCAGCCGUGAAAGCCCAUGGCACAGUCUCUGGAAUCGUCGCGGAUGGAAUAUACUACAAUGGGUACAAUCCAAGCUAUCAAUAUACCUCACCCGCCCCCGUAACCGUCGGCUGGCUGAUACCCAAAGACCUCGACAACGGUUUCAUCUCUCCGGCUGCGUACACCACUUCCGAUAUCAUCUGCCACGUUGGCGCAACACCAGCCCAAAUUGAGGCUCCCGUUAAGGCAGGUGGAAAGGUUGAGCUUCAGUGGACACCAUGGCCCGUAUCUCAUAAGGGUCCAGUCAUCGAUUACCUAGCCAACUGCAAUGGUCCAUGCGAGACUGUCGACAAAACAACACUUAAAUGGUUUAAGAUUGAUCAAGUUGGAUUGAUCAGUCCAACGGCAGAGACCAGUGGGUUAUGGGGCACAGAUGUAUUGAUUGCCAAUAACAAUAGCUGGACUGUCACAAUUCCCUCAAACAUCGCGACUGGAAACUAUGUUCUCCGCCACGAGAUCAUCGCUCUCCAUGCUGCUGGCUCUACAAAUGGCGCUCAAAGUUAUCCACAGUGUGUCAAUCUUGCAAUCAAGGGUACUGGAACAGCAAAACCAGCCGGUGUACCCGCGACUAGCUUUUACACUCCUACCGAUCCGGGUAUCCUGUUCAGUAUUUAUGGGACUCUUUCGACUUAUACUGUUCCUGGUCCUGCUCUCUACAGUGGUGCAAUCUCAGUUACGCAAACACUCCCUGCUGCACCAACCGCCAGCGCAAGUGGUGUUUACACUGUUUCAUGA